GGAGAGUUCGAAUUUAAAAACAACGGUUGGCAACAACGGCGCCAAAAAUUAUUCCAAACGUUUAUUUCCGAAGCGAAGUGUUAAGAACAGAAAGAAAGAGAAAGAUUUCCAUUUGUUGAAAUUAAAGAUUUAAAAGGUUUGAUAAUGUCGGGUGUGUGUAAACAAGCGUUAAGAUCUUUACAUCCUGGAAUGCAAAACGCGCUUGUAAUCGGUAUAAUUGUGAACAGUUUCAAUAUGAGAACGAUCGAUACUACACGCACGAGAUUUAACAACGGAGAUCGAGGCGUGUGGACGUUCACGUUACGCGACUCGGAAGAAGAUUCGAUAAAUGUAACUGUAUGGGGCAGCGAACAGUUCGUCAGAAGACUGUCUUCCAAUUUUCCUAUCGGCAGCGUAGUGGAGGUGAUUAAUCCAAAGGUGUUGGAGCGUCGUCCGGACGACAAGAGCGAAAUUUUCGUGCCGUCGGUGACCAGCACAUGCAGCCUGACGGUGAACGAGGGCAACGCAUUAGUGCAAAUUCAUGACGCACCAACACGCGCAAAAUAUGAACCUUUGCUGAUGCUCCCGAUUAAGAAGCUGACCGGACUGCGAACUCUGAAAAGCAUUUCUGAGAACUUGGAGGCGCUACGCGAUCAAUACGUCGACGUCUUAGUAGUCGUCACUUUCGUCAGUGAUGUUCGAAACGUGAUGACACGUGACGGGAGAAGCAUAAGGUCCCGCACUUUCGAGGCAACGGAUGGAUCAACGGACAAAGUGGUAUCGUUGACGCUUUGGGAGAAUGAAUGGAUCAACAGAGCGGCAUCGUGGGAACCGAAACGCACUGUGCUCCUCCUCGUGGACGCUCUGGUCGCGUUCGACAAUUUCAAGAAAAAGAUCGUUCUAUCAAUAGUUAGAAAGACAAUGAUCACGGAGAAUCCUGACAUACCGCAAUGCGCUGCCAUAAGAAACACCGUGCAAUGUUACGACAACGACAUCGUGUCAGAAAAUUUCGCGACACCAAAUCCUGACACGAUAACAAGCGUGAUGACUAUAAAAGAAAUCUCGGAGAAAUUGAACAAGAAACCGAAACAAGGAGAGAGGAUUCAGUUCGCUACGAUUCUAAAAGCCUACGUAAUGGAUAUGAAUGUGGAGAGCUUGAGCCCUGCUAUAUUAUCGACAAGAUGCGCGUUAUGCAAGAAAGUCAUUGCCGAUAAUCAAGACUCUUGUAUGAAUCUCGAGUGUCCUUCGGGCAAUGGGACUCGCGUGCCUCUGAACGUAAUGAGCCUCAAUUUAAAAGUCAAUCUGAAAGACAGCACCGGAUAUCUUAUUGGUUGCCGAUUGUUCGGGGACGUUGCUGAACGCGUUCUUGGCUGCACAGCUAAUGAGUUUCAGGCGAUGAUACUCCCUCAACGCACCGAAUUGAAGUGGAAACUAGCGUUGGAGAAGUGCGACAUACGUCUGCACGUACUUGGUCCCACAGCCACUAUUCCGAAUGCUAUAUAUAACAUUCUAUCGAUUUGUCGAAUACAAGAGGACGAAGAUACCGAAGAUACGGAGGACACCGAACUGAUCAAUAAUUUUGUCUCGAACGAUUAUUAAAAUUACAUUCUUUGUCGACAAAUCACUUUGUUGAUGUUAUUCUUCAAUAUUGUGUAAUAACACAAUAUUGGGAUCAGUAAAAUGUAUAAUUUGCUUAUAAUUUCAUUAUCUAUAAACAUUCCAAACGUAAUUCUUAUGUUGUUUUUAAAUUGUAACAUGAAACAGUUGAAGGGUUUCUGAAAGAAAAAAUAAAUUGAACUAUUUUAUUUUACGUGUGAUCUCGAUCAGCUGAUUUCGUCACAGCUAUCUUCCGAUUAGUCACGUUUAAUACCGUUGUUACAAACACCGCACGAUGUUUGUAAAACAUCACUGUUGAAAUCUGUUUUGUGUGAAUUAAUUUGUACAUUAAUUUUUGUAACUAGUGUGUGUAUAAUUUUCUGUAAUUAUCCUUAUAAUUA